GCCCGGGACGCGGCCUGGUCGCCGGGCUCGGCUUGGCUGUCCGCCCGCUACCGACGCGCGGCCGUCAGCCGUGGUGUAUUUCUUGCUUAUGAUUACUAUGGCUGCAGUGGAUCGUUUCUCCCUCUUGUACAGAGAGAUCAGUCGUGCCUGCAAUUUUUACAUUGAGGCCCUGGCUAUAGUUGGAACUUGGUAUACAGCUAGAAAGUGCAUCAGUUUUGCUUGUAGCACUUACAAUCUACUCAGGUUGCAUUUUCUUCCAAAGCUGGUCGGUGAGAUUGAUCUGGUCAAGCAAUAUGGAAGAUGGGCUGUAGUCACUGGUAGCACAGAUGGUAUUGGGAAAGCAUAUGCUGAAGAGCUGGCAAGACGGGGUGUCAACAUCAUCUUAAUCAGCCGAAACAAGGAGAAACUAGAGGCUGUAUCUCAAAGCAUAGCUGAAACCUAUAAAGUGGAAACAGAUUUCAUAGUAUUUGAUUUCAGCAAGGGGCGUGAGGCUUACUUAGCCAUUAAGGAGGCCCUAAAAGACAGAGAAAUUGGAAUUUUGGUGAAUAAUGUAGGACAAUUUCAUUCCUACCCGGACUACUUUGUCAACGUGUCUGAAGAUAUAUUGUGGGACAUGAUCAAUGUAAAUAUUGUUUCUGCUAACAUGAUGAUACAUAUUGUGCUGCCAGGCAUGGUAGAAAAGAAGAAGGGUGCAAUUGUGAAUUUGUCUUCUGCAGUCUGUUAUAAACCCACGCCAAUGUUGUCAUUAUAUGGAGCCUGUAAAAGCUACUUGGACUAUUUCAGUAGAGCACUACAUUACGAGUAUGCCUCAAAAGGAAUCUUCAUUCAGAGUUUAACUCCAUUUGCAGUUACUACAAAAAUGCUGUCGUGCAGUAGCAUUACAUCGAAACGUUCUUUAUUUUUUCCUUCUUCUGAAGAAUAUGCAAGGCAAGCUGUUUCUACUCUUGGGUUGUCCAAAAGGACUACUGGUUUCUGGAAGCAUACAAUACAGGUCGCAUUGGGCAAGCACAUACCUGAGUGGAUCUGGGCAUGGGUUGCACAGUCUUUCUGCAGAAGUGUGCGCAAGGAAGCUUUAGCAAGCAAACUGAAAUAAGAAUAUCCAGCUGUCCGGUGUAAAUGAGUACAGUAUUCUGAUCUGAGUGCUGCAAGAAUGUUUAGAGUACCCUGAAUUUACUCGAAUUUAUUCAUACUCUGCUAAACAGUGUAUAACCUAGACACUGGAAGACUGCAUUCUGUCUGUAUCUUUGUAUUAAAUAGUUCCUCUCUGUUUUCCUCUAGGACACAAAUCCAGAUGAUCUUGUUAAGGAUAGUCUUGGUUCACUUCUGUCUUUAAUGUAAUUGAACAGGAAUAGGUACAGUUUUCAUUCUGAUAGCGAAUGACUGUCUCUUCCAUAGCGCUAAAUGAUUGCAACUUAAGUCAACAGAAUUUGAGAAUUCCCCAAAUCUUGCAAAAAUGGGCCCAAGAGAGAUCCAAAAUCAUGCUGUUUAAAAAGACGAUACCAGUCAACUAAUAGGUUUCUAUAACGUGCAGUUUUGUGUAACUUUUCUGGUCUUUUAAUUGCAAAUGUUUAUAUGUUUUAAGUGUGUAUUUUUUGUGUAUUUGAAUUGUGUAAUUAAAGGACUUCUCAAAAUUAA